CUUGAAUAUGUUCGUCUUCCGUGUUUGAGGAGGCUGCUCGGGUUAGUCCCGCAAAAAGACCGUUUGCCAUAAAAAAAAUGACUAAAAUAACCUAGGUGCCGCGACAAAAGUCUGUAUUGUAAAGCUGUUCCAACUACGUGGGGACUUAUUUUGCUACCUAAGAUAUCUGCCUGAGAUAAAGGCAGCGUAAAGGAUGGAAGCACCGCUGGGAGAUGAAACUCCUGCAGGUGCUUUAGCGGGGACUGAGGGAACCAGCCACGGAGAGGAGCUGAAAGCGUCUGACGAAGCUCUCACACUCAUGUCCAGCAUUGAGCCCGCAGAGCUGCAGAGGUGUGUGUUUCCAGACUCUUUGGUGACUGUGUCAGAGGGAGGCAGAGACCUGGGGAAGUUCAGUGUGACGGUGGACUUUGCCCGCCGCGUCCAGCAGCCCUGUAUUCUGCUGCAUGCUCAGAGCCAAGGAGCCAUUGACGACUCCCCCUGUGGGACAACAGUAACAGCCUACCUCACCACUAACCUGGACGUGCUGGAGGAGGAUUACCAUGAGUAUGUCAAGAUUGAAGGCCACAGUUUGGACAAGCGGUUUCACAUGGUGCAGCAAGACGGGCAGAUGGUGAUCAAUAAAGUUACCACUGUAGGGGAGGAGGUGACGAAGGAGAGUGUUUCUUAUCCCAUGUCUGUCCUAAAAGGGCUGGUAACAGAGGGUUCAAUCUUGUUGCUGAUGCGCCUGAUCGCUCUGAGGAAGAAAGUGCCAGAACACAUGACCUUCAUCUCCUUCGACCAGGGAUUACACAUCACCCACACCACCUUUAGUGAGCUGGGUCUAAAGCAGCUGGAGGUAGGAGGUAAGACCGUGGAGGUAUUUGGGAUGGAGAGGAUUGUUCACUCUCUGGAGGACAGCCCUGCCACCUGGCAGUGCUACUUCCUGGAUGAUGGACACUUGGCCAGCAGAGUGCAGGUGGGAUCACCAGUUACCAUGAGGCUUCUGCAGCUGCCAUCACAGCUGGAAAAAGGUUUUGACAAGGUCCCCCUGGUUUGGGAAGAAGACAUGCAGAUGCGCUCCAAGUUCUUGGACAGAAAGGAGGAGCUGAAGGCAGACCAUGCCUCGUACCUGAGACAACAUCCAGAGAUUCGUGCCCUCAUAUCUGACUUCCUACAGUUCUUGUUGCUGAGGAAACCAGAUGAUGUCUUCCAGUUUGCCAGAGAGUACUUCCUCCCAUUUGCCUCCCGCCAUUCUCCAGAAUAAAGUCUGACAGCCUCAUCAUUUUGAAAGCACACUCAAGGACACAUCUCACAAACUCAUAACUGUUUUUCAUAACUUGUUUGUUUAUCGCUGUAACCUACACUGAAGUUUAGAAAUGGAAUUUGUGUUUUCCUCUGAGUGAAGACUUCUAGUAUAAAACGAAACAUGGUUAAGCUAUCUGAAGAAAUUGGUUUGUUUCAACUCAUGUUUUCAGCUCAGACAAGUCUUGUAUUCAGAGAAUGUUUGAUUUCUUUGUCAAAACCAACUACGUCACCUAAAACGGACAGACUACGUCACAUUAAAGGGUGUGUAGUACAGUCUGUCUUUAAAAAUAAAA